CGUUAAAACAACUCUUCAGUGCGGAGGUGCUCAAUCAGGAAGAACAACAAAUUUUAGAAUUUGUUUUGUUUUCUUUUACAAUUUUUGUCCCGAUAAAAUGGUUAAAUAGAUAAAGGUGGCAGCAACAAGCUUGUACAUCUUUCUCUUACAGACUGACACAGGUUACCCAAAGAAGUAUAUCAACAGAAUAUCAACAUGAGUGACAGUAAUAAAACAUUGUAUGCCAAGAUGAUAGGAGAUGUGGUCCUUGCACCAAUCUUUGAAAGGCUGGAAAAAAAAGAUCUGGCAGCGUCACAGACACUAAGAGCUGCUUUUACAAAGGUUGACUCGGCCUUGCCAGGAUUCACAUACGAUUUCACAAAAGGUAUAUUAAGAAAGGCAGACCUGCAUGAAAGGUUUGAUAUCAGUAUGACAUUACUGAGGCUCGGAGGAUCACCAGAAUCUGAAGAUUUACGUAUUACACGACCAGAACACACAUACCAGGAGCUGAAUCGCUGUGCUGUCCAUUUAAAGAAAAUCUUAAGUAGAAUUCCAGAACAAAUCUAUGACAGAAAACAGUUCCUAGAAACUAUAAAAGAAAUAGCUAGUGCUAUAAAGUUACUAUUGGAUGCAGUUAAUAGAGUGAUAAGUGAAGUUCCUUCUUCAGAGAAUGGCAGUAAACAGAUACUAGAGGACAGGAAGAAAGAAUUUGUUAGAUAUUCCAAAAAGUUCAGCAACACAUUAAAAGAAUUCUUUCGUGAUUCAAACCAGAAUCAGAGUGUGUUCCUCAGUGCUAACUACCUUACAUAUCAGACAAACCUUAUCUUAAAGACAGUCAAACAGGAGUGCGGAUAAAUACAUCUCGAAACUACAUUCCAGUGCCUAUAGUGUGCGUCGCUACAUCAUAUCUGAACCAAUUAGCACAUCUCUUUAUUUGUCUAGGCUUAGUACUUACAGCAGUUUAAUGGUAGAAAUAUAUAUAUAUGAAAACUUGUUUUCUUUUCUGAAUGAAUCUGUGUACUUCUGUUAAUUAUUAAAUGCAUAAUGAAACAUGUGAUAGGGAGAGGACAACAGUAAGCUGAUAUAGCUUUCUGUCCAAUUCCUUCAUUAAUGUUCUGUAAAUGUUUCAUGUAUUACUGAUAUAAAAUAUGUUUAAACUAAACAUGUGAUAAAAAAACAUUCAUUGCUUUUUUUUUUUCUAAAGGCAAAUAUUUUUAGUGCUUAACUUUUCAGAAGAUACUGUUUUCUCCCCUUAAAUAUUUGUCUCAUAAUUGUUAUAUUUUUCUGAUGUGAGAGUUUUCAGGUGUAGUUCAGUUACCAGUAAAAGAAUUCACAAAGCAACUAUUCAUCUAACUUGGGUUUUCUUCAGUUAAUCAUUUAAUACAUAAUUGUUUAUAUAUUAAUCAUCGAGACAUUUUUUUGCCGGUUUAAACAUGUACAUUAAAACGGCUAGAUUAAAACGUGGAUUAACCUGCGGCUUGUGAUCCUAUUCAAAUUAUCAGACAAUUUUAGCAGACACAUACAUUUGUAUAGGGAUUUACUACACAUAUAUGUACACAUUUCACAAAUACGUACACAUGCAUGUUACACGUACACGUGAAAUAUCAGCCCCAUCGAUUUACUCAUUUUGAGUAGAAUAAAUUCUACCCAAGAUGUGAUGUGUUUAUUAGUGCAGAUAUGGUCGUGUAGUAGUUCUCUUUGUACAGUAACUAUGGUAAUGUUACAAUGAAGAGCCCUGAAAAGAAAAAAUGAAUAAUAAGGUCUAAUAAUAUCAUUAAAAGUAUUUAGAUCUUUGUUUUCCUCUGUUAUGUAUGGUUACUGUAAUGUUAUGUUUGUUAAAUCAAAAUGUGAUAUACUUCGAGAGAAAAUGUGUACAAAAUUUUAAUACGAGUAUCAGCAUCAGAUAGGAGUAUGUAUCAAAUAGCUACAUGUAGCUGAAUAAAUGUUUGUUUAAGGUGGUUGAUGCAUAGUGAUGAUUGGCAAUUUCUGUGUGUUUAAGGUUCCUUGUGUGACAUUUGGGCCGUAGCUAACAGAGCACAAAACUUCUUAUAACAGAAGAAGAAAGUUGAAAUCGCACAAUAUGAAUUUACAAUCAAAUGGAAAUAGAUGGAAAUUGCCAAUUGUAAUAUAUGGGUGCGCUACCUUAAGUCUCCUUUUAACUUCCUUUAGUAGUUUAGAUAAAUAUAGAAUUUAAAUUAUUUUAGGAUAUGAAUUGAUAUGCAAAAUAUUAUAACCAGUAAAGUUUUUGAUUUGUUUACUUGAUGGAAGUGAAGCUGUGAAUGAGAAAAUGUAGAAUAUGAUUUCCAAAAUUACAGAAUUUACUUUGAAAAUCCAUCCAGUUAAAAGGUAAUAUUAUGGUUUUGUGGUUACUGGCAAUCUUUUUGCCAGGCUGUUCUGAAAAACUUGGACCUUAAGCAAGUUUUCAUAAUGGAAGCCUAUGGGAAAAUCACAGUGUUUGAUCACAUUUCCGUGAGUAGAAAUUGUUCUACCAUGUAAAGUUUAAUGAAACUUUUCACAGUAAUAUACAAACAUAAUGUCUAUUAUAUGGUCAAAUAAAGUGUAUAUGUCCAAGUACUUUUAAAACAUGUUUGAAUUUUUUUCAUAGUUUUUGGUAUUUAAUUUCGAAAGAUAAAAAGAUUUUUAUAUAUAUCUAUAGAAUUACACACAGGUUGAGAUUUAUUUUGAUGAUUUUAGUUGUGUGACUACUGGUCCAAGCUAUAUUCUAUGGCAUCACUUCUGGUUAAUCAGAUGUGCUGAACUACCUUAAUUCUGGACAGUAUUCUAAGGAAAUACACAUCUUUAAUCAUUAUAAACAUUGACUUAAGUUCAGUGCUCAUGCUUAUUGUUUUUUAUGCCCCUAAAAGGAGUCAUAUAGUUGUUCAAGGAGGUGAUUGUCUAUUGACCAAAAGAAACCACAAGGAAAUGAGAGGAUACUCCCUACACCUUUCAACAAUAUAACAAUUUUUGCACUUAUCUUGCCAAAUCUGAAAAA